AAUAUACUUUACUUUCCAUAUUCCUAACUCCAAACCCUCAGUCUAUUGCCCAUGAACAAGCUGGAAAACGAAACUAUCAGCUCAGCGUAUAGCAUUAACUUUGAAAAGUCGUGGCUGGACCUUGGACCUGAGGAAAACAAAAGCAAAUGCAGGCAAUCGCUAAAAUUCUGGCACAAGAUUCGGUCAUCAAAACAUGAGCAGACCUCCAAUAUAGAUAGUAUGCUGCGCUCAAGAAGUAAAUCGAUGCACAUUCGCAAGCCACCAAUUAAUUUUUCACUCUUCCGCUGAAGGCCCGCGUACAUCUACUCUUUGCAGGAAGCUGCUUCAUGAACUCAUCUUUCAUAUGUAUCAUAACACGAGGCAAUAAUAAAAC